AUGAGUUACGCGGGUGGUAGUAGUGAUGAGGAGUACGAACAGCAAAUGGACGAAGCAUUGGAGGCCUAUACGGAGAGUGAGAUAGACCGGCUGCUACAAAGGGCUAUGCAGCCGGCAGUACCUCGACCUCCACCCGUGGUCCACCGCCGAGCAGUAAUUCCUCAGGAUCACGCAGCUGCACAUCAGCGGCUAUAUGAUGACUACUUCGCAGAGCGACCGCGGUUUAACGCCAACAUGUUCAGGCGGCAUUUUAGGAUGCGCAGGGAGCUGUUUAUGCGUAUCGUUGAAGCUUUGGAGCGUCGAUAUAAGUGCUUUCGCUUCAGGCACAAUGCGGCUGGCCGACCCGGCCACACGCCUAUUCAAAUGUGCACUGCGGCAAUCAGGCAGUUGGCCUACGGAGGCGCGGUAGACAUGUGGGACGAGUACCUCCACAUCGGUGAAACGUCUGCCCUGAAGUGUCUGAAGACUUUCUGUGAGGGCGUCGUUGAAAUAUUUGAGGAUCAGUAUCUUCGAAGCCCUAACCCCCAAGACUGUCAGGAUCUUGAUGCACGGGGAGAAGCAUGGGUUCCCGAGGAUGUUAGGCCGCAUAGAUUGUAUGCAUUGGGAGUGGAAGAACUGUCCCUCUGCCUGGAAGGGGUUCUACACCACCGGCUACAAAGGAAAGAAUCCCACAAUGAUCUUGAGGACGUAGCUGAUUACCAGCUAUGGAUUUGGCAUGCGUAA